AUGACGAGACGCGUGAAAGGGAGGAUAGCGGCGCGGGAGGGAGGGGCGCGGGAGGGAGGGCGGGUGGGGGUUCGGGGCUACAUGAAUGAGCGAAUGGCGGCAGAAGUAGCCUAGCUUCCACGGGAUGACGAGACGCGUGAAAGGGAGGAUAGCGGCGCGGGAGGGAGGGGCGCGGGAGGGAGGUACCUCAAUGUAGAGGGCGGAAGGCGCUGGAACAACGUGUUUUGGGUGUUAGUGCUAGGGUGUUGGCGCAUCCCGGGGAGAGGUGGGGGGUGUGAUGUGUGACAUGUUGAUUCUCGCUGACAUGUUUUGUGGGUGUCGGUGAGGAGCGUUCUGACCAGAUGUGUCCGGGUACACUUGGUUCGUCAUGUGUGCGUUCAUGCCGGCAUCACUUUAUGGUUAACAUGCAUCGUGUGCGGAUGAAAGCGGGGUCCGGUAGGUCUCGGAGGGUGCUUGUUUUACCUAGGGCAUUAAAAGUGUUGGCAUGUUCGACUUUUUAUUUUUCCUAAUUAGGAGCGUGUGAAUCGAAAACGUUGUUGUCGUUGAUACAACUUUUAAUGAUGUCUCUGCAUCCAUGCAUUAAAUAUUCGUCGCGUGGGUGAAACAUUGCUCCAGGUUGCAGACCUGAAGGAGACCCACACACACGCUAAAAAUUGGGGUCUUGUCGAAUCCCAUCGCGAACACAUUCCUGCGCUUCAAGUGAGCAUGCGCGGAGACGGGAAAAAUUCCCAAGCUCCACACUUGCGGAACCCAAGCGUGCCUCAGAGUUCCCGCCAACACCC